AUGAGCAGAGCUCGCCAAAGCGACCUUCCCCAAAAGCACGACCGCCAGUACGUCUGCACAUAUGAAGGAUGUACAAAAUCUUUUAACCGACGUGACUAUCUUGAACGUCAUGCUGUCAAUCAUCUCCCGGUAAAACCAUAUACCUGCCAUUCAUGUAAUCGCUCCUUCUCUAGAAGUGAUCUCUAUGAAAAUCACCUUCUCACUCGUUUUCAUAUCAAGCGUGCAAAUGGUGCAAUCAUCCCUUACCUACCUGAACAAAACCAAAAGCCUUCUAAAUCUCGACAAACUCCUACUCACCUCCCAUCCCCUUCGGAAUCCCCAGCGCCAGCUCCAGCUCCAGCUCCAGCUCCAGCGCCAGCUCCAACCUAUGUCACUGGAGCUGUUGCUCCUAGCUCUUCUUCCAGCAAACACUCCCAUCAUAGCAGCCACCGCAGUAAUAGUAUUAAAAGUAUCAUCAAUGAUAUUACCCCUCCUAGUUCGAAUAGCAGCUCUAGAAGCAGCAGUGCUGCAUCAAGCUCUCGGAACAGUAGCUCCAGUAGCUCCAGUAGUACCACCCAAUCUCGCCAGGCUUCUGUCUCUUCUGUCAUGAGCAUAAGCCAUACCCUUUCCGAACCUGUCUUUACAAGACCACAAUCUCAAGUCUUUCAGCCUCAACCUGCGCAACCACUUUCCACUUUUGAACCAAAACAAAUAACUCCUUCUUCACCAUAUGAGAAAAAUUACUUGGAACAAUUUUCAAUCUCUAAAAACAGACGUGGAAACAUUCAGUCUUCUUUGGCUCAUGUCCCCAUCCAAAACAUUAUUAAUAAUAACCCCUCGCCACGUCUCCCUCUACCCAAGGCUGGCAACCCCUUUAUGUUUUUCUUUGCUGAAGACAAUUAUAAUAAAGAAAAUACCCUCGAUGUUUUCCAAGCACUUUCCCACUAUCACUACAAUAACCUUCGUUCAUAUCCUUCUACACCAGCUGAGAGUUUGAAAACUCGCUGCUACGAAGUUUCUAAUCUUAUGGCACACCAUAUCAACCAAUUCUUUUCUCCCUGUCACAUUAAUUUUAACUUUUCUGCUCAUGACAUUUCACAUUACAUUCGAACCGCCUGGCUCAAUUUUGAAUGCGUCAAUUUUACAAUGCAUAGAAUUUCCUUUAUUGCUGAAGCUUCAAACCCUUUACUACUAGCUACUUUAGUUUAUCUUGGAUUUUAUUACCAUCAUCCAAAUCCCCGUCAGCUUAUUCCCAUAUUCUUGACUUUGGAACGUCAUUGCCAUGCUGCACUUAUAGGAUCUGGUCAUAUCGCGUAUCAUAAUAAACUCGAUGUUAUUCUUUCCUGCGCUUUACUUAUUUGGAACAAUGUCGCUUACCUUGAACCAAAUUCUCCAAACAAAGGUCUCUUUACUCCUAAAGACUUGCUUCUUUUGGGCGAACAUUAUCUUCGUCUUGGUGGCUGCUUUUCCCCUCCUGAAUGCACUUCCAUGGCAUACCCUAAUGCUACUGCUGAUUCUUACCAGUUUGCCUUUCACAGAUCAACAUCUCUUGAUGUUAUUGAAAACCAGUGGAAAACUUGGGUCUUGCAUGAAAGCUGUAUCCGACUGCUUCACUUUGUCAAUGUACUUGGUAUCAUGCACGUUGAUGCACUGCAUAAUGCUGAUUUGCUUCCUUUAAAUCAGCUUGACUUACCUAUGCCUAGUCCUGAUAGUCUAUGGGUUGCUUCUUCUACUGAAAUGUUUUUCCAUACUGUUGGACCUUCGCGUAACAUUCGCACUACGUCAUACUUGCUGGUUCUCAAGUCAAUGCUCAAACUUCCAAGUCUCUUGGACUCUAAUACAAUGUCGGUUAAACUCAGAGAGUCUAAAGAUGCCACAACAUGGACCUUGGGUCCCUUUGUUGUUUCAUGCUAUGGUCUGGCUGUUAUUUCUUGGGGUGUCGGUGUGGGACCUGUUGCAAACUUUGAUAGUAUACAUAGAUCGCUCAAUCCUCAUUAUAACCCAGCUACAUGUCCAUUUAGACCACAUGUUACUCCGAGAGGCUCUUUUGUUUCUGAUGGCAUGUUACAUUCACGCAUCCAUUAUGCGUUUGAAAUGUUAGAACAGCUUGGCGAGCGCGCAACUCGGAAGUUUACUGAAGCUGAUUUUACCCAGUACGUGUCACGCCAAACUAAAAAUACCUUAUCGCACCUCAUUACUUCUCCAGAGUCCCCUGUCCCAUGGCUUUGCACCGUUUUGGGGAGUAUCCAUUUUCAGCUGUGUUUCUGCAGCCUUGUUUCCGAAAAUGAGUUUCUUGAAACGUUGGUUAAUGAAUUACCAACUCGCUUGGAGCUGGCUUGCAGUCGCAUUGGCACUGAGUCUUAUGAUAUGAUUGAACAGUACUUGCUGUUUGGUGAUGGCGUUCAUGCUCAAGAAACCUAUCGACAGUUUUAUCAUUGGAUUCGUGAUUAUCAUACUGAAAAUCGCGUCACGCUGUCAGCCUAUUACUUGCUUAACUUGGUUCACGUUAGCUCGUCUGCAACUUGCGGUGGAAUUGAAUCGCGAAAUUCUCGUAAGCUCUUGAUGAAUGCCCUUUUAUGUCUUUGGGCUUGGGAUUAUUACGAGCGCGAGCAAACCCGUAAGGACACUGAAUUGAUGGAACCACCAUCUUACCUGCUUGAAUACUGGGUUAAUUGCGAGGGCUUGUCCACAAUCAGUAUGCAGAACAAGGGCCUCAUUAGGCAGAGCCUGGGGUAUUUGCUUGCCUGCUGGGAAAAGACACGCAAGUCGUUUAGUGCCCCUGAUGAGCGUUACAAGCGCCUUAAGAAUGUAUACUUCCAGCCCCCAAAGCAGGAAAGUGUUCCGUCACCUCACCUUAAUUACUCUACAAACACUCGAAAGGUUCGGCCGCUGCAGAGCGGCGCCGGGCCCUUGAUGCAGACUUUUGUCUUGAUCGAUACAGUCAUUCGUUUGGACAAGUCUGAUCCUUUGAAUUCUACACUUGUAAAGUUGUCGUGCUUUGCACGCGCGUACCAAAAUUAG